AUGAAAAAAUCCAUAAUUAACUGUGUAUGGAAAUCUCGACCGUGCAUCCUGCUCGGCACUUGUAAAGAAUUCAGAUGGGAUAUUCCGACUAUGAUGAAUGUAAUCUCCAUGUAUAUCCUUGUUCGUAUUCAGAGGGAGAGAAAAAUAAACAUUGGUCCGGGGAGUAUUUUCUGUGUUUUGGAGAAAGUUGAACAGAAAUGGUGGAAGAAACUAUUACGUGGAGAUGAAAAGAUACAUUAUGUCAAUGUAGACUGGGAUAAAUGGGUGGAUGAAGAUGAUGUGGAUGAUUUCUCGAAAUUUGGCGACAUGGGUCUUGAUGAUGAUGCCAUAGGGGAUGACCUUGAGGAGAGUGACGAUGAAGAUUAUUACAAUAAGUGCCUCCGCGAACAAGCUGUCGAAUAUUCAGAAGCAAGCAGAUGAGUAUGCAAGAUUGAUUAUGGAAGAAUUGGACCCUAAGUAUGUGGAGUAAGUGGGAGGUUUAGGUUUUAUAGUUUAUAAUGAUGAGAUUGAUUUUAAUUUUAAAUUUACUGUGGUGUAUAAAGAAGU